AUGUCAACAUCUACAAUAUUCAUAUUUGUGACAGGUUCUGGCCGAGCAAAGGAUGUCCCUGAACUUGUCUGUGAAACCGUGGCUGCCGGUUGGAAGACAUAUACAAUCUUGACACCAAACGUGAGUUCUGUGUUACCUCCUGAUGAAAUUCAUAAUUUGUCCGGUAGCCAUGCUAUUCGUGACUACAAGGAUCCACCACUCAAUAGAUUUCCAUUCGGUACAAUGCUUGUUGCACCUUGUACAUUCAAUACAUUUAAUAAGUUGGCAUUGGGCUUAGCCGACAAUCUUGCAACAUCAAUGAUUGCCGAUGCACUGGGUGCUGGAUGUCCGAUAUUUAUCGCGCCGGCAAUGAAUCAUGGCCUAUGGAAUCAUCCACAGACUCGUAUAUCAGAGACGAAGUUGAAAGAAUGGGGUUGCACUAUCAUUCCACCGUAUAUUGAUGAAAAAGUUGUUACAAUGGCAUCAGUUAAAGAUAUUUUACAGAUGUUGCAUCGACAUUUUCAAUAA